GCUUUCUUCAACCUCACAUCCGAUUAUCAUGUUCCUCCUCCGACGAAUUGCAGCGACCACACAUACUUUUCCCUCUCAGGCCACUUCAAAUGCUCCGACCACUAUCCAUCUUUCCUUCUUCCUCGUCUCUCUCAUUACCUCCCUCGACUACAUCUUUCUCUCUAUCUCUCCCCCUUAACAAUUCUCCUUCCUUUCCACCCAUCUCCCCACUCUCCGAACAAUGCGCGCCGGACGAUUUUCCCGACUCCCCAACUCAACCAAAGACCAUCAGGUAUCGUCUCAGUCACCUCUGCAAAAAUGGCCAACUUGACGUUGCCUACCAACUGUUCGAUUCAAUUCCCCGCCCCACCACCGUUGUUUGGAACACAAUCAUUAUUGGUUUAGUCUGCAACGGCAAGCCAGAUGAAGCUAUUUCGCUCUACUCUCGCAUGAAAUCGACUUCUAAUACAGAAUCCGACUUCUACACUUACUCCGCCGUUCUCAAAGCCUGUGCAGAAACUCGUCGGCUUAAGAUAGGUAAAGCCGUUCAUGGACAUGUUCUCCGUUCUCAUUUUAAUCCUAGUAGAAUCGUAUCGAAUUCUCUGUUGAACAUGUAUUCUACUUGUCUAAGUUCAAUCGAUGAUGAUGAUGAUGAUGAUUUUGUGAAAUAUGAUGUUGUUUGUAAAGUGUUCGAUACAAUGCGUAAGAGAGAUGUCAUUGCUUGGAAUACAUUGAUUUCAUGGUAUGUGAAAACGAAUCGAUUCGUUUACGCUCUUGAAGCUUUCAUGAAGAUGAUGAAUGUUGGUAUAAAACCAACGUAUGUGACAUUCGUUAAUGCUUUCCCUGCUGUUUCUAGAAUUGGAGACUGCAAAAGUGCUGAUGUUAUGUAUGGAUUGCUUGUGAAAUCUGGUAAGGAAUCUGUCAAUGAUCCGUUUUCUGUCAGCUCAGCAAUUCAAAUGUAUGUGGAUCUUGGUCACAUUGAAGAUGCACGUAAGGUGUUUGAUAAUAUGCCUGACAGAAAUACAGAGGUUUGGAACACAAUGAUAAGUGGGUAUUUAAGAACCAAUCAUCCAAUUCAAGCUAUCGAGCUUUUUCUCGAUACUUCGAUUUCAGAUAAUGUCACUUUCCUAUUAGCUCUAACUGCAGCUUCGCAGUUACUCCGUUUGGAUUUUGCCCAACAGCUGCAUUCUUGUAUUAUUAAAAAGUCAUUAAUUUCGUCGAUUAUCAUCGUCAAUGCCUUAAUCGUCAUGUACUCUAGGUGCAAUUCAAUAGAAACGUCGUUCCAUAUCUUCAAUCAAAUGCGUAAAAGGGACGUUGUUUCAUGGAAUACAAUCAUAUCGGGUUUUGUUCAGAAUGGUUACGACGAAGAAGGGUUGAUUCUCGUAUACGAGAUGCAAAAGGAAGGAUUCUUAGUGGAUGGAGUAACUGUAACUGCCUUACUAUCGGCUGCGUCGAAUUUAAGGAAUCAAACAAUUGGGAAACAAACGCAUUCGUAUGUUGUUAGGAAUGGAAUUCGAUUCGAAGGGAUGGAAAGUUAUUUGAUCGAUAUGUACACUAAAUGUGGGUUAAACGAUUCCGCCAAGAAAAUAUUCUCUUCUUCUGAUAAAGAUCAAGCGACGUGGAAUUCUAUGGUCGCAGGUAAUGCACAAAACGGGCUAACCGAGGAAGCGUUUGCGGUUUUCAGACAAAUGCUCGAGGAAAAAAUAGAACCAAACGCGAUAACCUUAUCGUCGAUUCUCCCCGCCUGCCAUUUGGGAUUCGGGAAACAACUACAUAGCUUCGCGAUUCGUCGUUUUCUCGACCAAAACGUGUUUGUCGGUUCGUCUCUACUCGACAUGUAUUCGAAAUCAGGUUCGAUCGGUUAUUCUGAAAACGUAUUCAAUAUGUUGAUUGAAAAGAAUUCGGUCACGUACACGAAUAUGAUAUUGGCUUACGGUCAACAUGGGAAUGGCGAGAAAGCUCUAUCGGUUUUUAAUUCGAUGAAACGAUUGGGAAUCCAACCCGAUGAAAUUACAAUAGUUGCGAUCUUGACCGCUUGUAGUUACUCGGGUUUAGUAGAGGAAGGGAUUCGAAUAUUCGAGUCGAUCGAGAGAGAGUGCGAGGUUAAGCCUUCAUAUGAACAUUAUUGUUGUGUGGUCGAUAUGUUAGGCCGAGUAGGACGAGUUGAGGAAGCAUACGAUUUUAUUUUAAAUUUGGGGGAAAAGGGAGAAUGCGUGGGAAUAUGGGGAUCGUUAUUAGCUGCUUGUAGAGUUCAUAGGCGAUUUAAAUUGGGAAAAAUUGUCGCGAAUAAGUUGCUCGAGAUGGGAGAAGGAAAAACGACAGGUUAUAGGGUUUUGCUUUCGAAUAUCUAUGCGGAGGAAGGGAAUUGGAAGGCGGUUAAGAAAAUGAGGAAUGAAAUGAGGGAAAAGGGUUUGGAGAAGGAUGUUGGUUGCAGUUGGAUUGAUGUUUCAGGUUCUGUUAACUGUUUUGUUUCUAAAGAUAUGAAACAUCCUCAGAGUGAUGAAAUAUUUGAUGUUUUGUCGGAUUUGUCAGUUAAGUUAAAAGAUGGUGUUGAGGAAAUGCUGUAUUUGAAUUAGUUAAACUUCGAAAAUAUUGGUUGAUCGCGAUUCGUGGCUACUAUGUAAAUGAAGGUGUUUUUGUCCUCCGAAGAUCGAACGAACCUAAGAGAUAAAAUGACGGAUUUUAUGAGGUUAGAUGCACAUGUCCUUGUGCUUCCAUCAAUCAAUAACAGGUGUUUUAGUCCAUACAAAUAAGAUAGUAAGGUGGUCAAUCCAUCAUCUUGAUUAUAUACAAAAUGAAAUGUAUGCAUGAAAGUCUUUACUUC